AUGAGGCUCGCUGUCUGCCUUGUGUUGCUGUCCUUUAUUCUGUGUGCAGAUGCUCGCAUACUUGAAGCGGGACGAUUUGUCUGGGAUGCAGCGGGAGGGGCAUGGGAUAUGUGGAGAGCAUACCGGGACAUGCGCGAGGCAAAUUAUAAAAAUGCCGACAAAUAUUUCCAUGCUCGUGGGAAUUAUGAUGCUGCCCAAAGAGGACCUGGUGGUGCUUGGGCAGCCAAAGUGAUCAGUGACAUGCGGGAAAACUGGCAAAGCGACGUGAGCGGCAGAGGCGCUGAAGACACCCGCGCUGACCAAGAGGCGAACGCCUGGGGCAGAGGUGGCGGGGAUCCCAACCGCUACCGCCCCCAGGGCCUUCCCAGCAAAUACUAA